UUACUGAUUCAUAUUCGUCGCAACCAUCCAGUUUCAUCGGAUGCAAUUUCUGUUAGAAUCCAUUUGCAUGCGAAUUUCUCGAUUAUCAAUCGAAAAAACCCUAGGAAGAAGAAUUACUCCACAACACACACUUCAUGUUUGUGAUUUGUGGAAGAAAGUUUCACGUGUUAUUCUUCAGAAAUUGUUGCAAUAUGAGUGUAUAUGAUAGAAGAUUGAUGCUCAUUGAGGCUGGAAUCAGUCAUUAGUCAAAGUAUCAUAUGUUUCUAGGUUAGAGAAAUGGUAGGAAGGGGGAUUUUAAUGUGUAAAAGAGUUGGAAAGGUCGAAGAAUCGUGUUUCUGAGGUGAUAAACAGAGGAAUUUGGGAAGGAUUGCGUAGUGAGUGUGCAAGUGAUUCGAGAUGACAUCUGUAGGGGCGAAUCAUAGACGGUGUAGAAGUGAAAUCGUGACCUCGUUAAAUACUCAAAGUCAAACCAAUGGUUUUCAAAGAUUCAAGACUUCUAUGCAAAGGGCUUUGAACUGGGGUGGUAGUCAGGAUCAAGCGUUUUUUAAUCCGGAGAUUUUAGCUCAUCAGAAACGCCAGUGGUAUCAGUUUCACUCCAAGUCCUCGGAUACUGCAAACUAUCAGGAUCCAACCGCGCUUUUUGAACAUUUUUUCAUUGCUGGUAUCCAUCCAAAUGCUAAUCUAGAGGCUGUGGAGGAUGCAUUUAUUGCAAGAAAGAAAUGGGAGGCCAAAUCAGACAGAACAGAACUCAUGGAUCUAAAAAACAUGCAUUUUCAAUCACCUCCAAGUGUGAUGAUGGAACCUCAGAUACUUUUCAAAUACCCUCAAGGGAACAAGUUAUCUAUGGGCUUAUCAGAUUUAGCAUCCUUUUGCUUUCCUGAAGGUGUGAAGGCAUGUAUGUUAGCGAGGACUCCAUCACUUAGUGAGCUAAAUCAACUCGUUUAUGGACAGGACCACUUGAUCAGAGAUGACUCAUCAUUUAUAUUUUCACUCAAGGUGGCAGACAAUGCAACUCUGUAUGGUGUUUGCCUACACACACAAGAAUUUGUUCAGAGACCACCAGGGAUGCUUGGUGUUGCCUCAUCCUUACCAAGAGGCCGAGGCAGUCGUUUUUUAGUUACAGCACCUCGUUGUUACUGUCUGUUGACCAGAGUUCCUUUCUUUGAAUUACAUUGUGAGAUGUUAAACAGUAUUGUUGCACAGGAACGUCUAAAUCGAAUAACGCAGUAUGUUAGCGAAGUAAGUCUUAAUCACGUCCCUUCGUCACCGAGAUUAAAAAACCAAGAGGCUGAAUAUGCUGGCAGUCCACGUAAGCAGCAGCCAUGGAUGGAAUUUGCAAUACCUGUUGAUGGAACCCUGGCCCUUUCAACUGCUUCUACCGGCCUUAAUUCACCUUCAAAACUGGAAACCAGAUCUCCUCGAUCCCCUCGUGAUUGUAAUUCAGAUGCAUCAGCAAGACGAUGGGAGCAUUUAGGAAAAAUGAGUAAUGAUCAUGAUGGUAUACGCAAGACUAGUAUUGACGCGUGCGUUGUUCCGGCUAACGGCUCACUAGCACGGAUUGGGAGUUUUGGGCCGUUGUUCAGUUCAGUGAAAGGCAUUGUAACAGAGGAUGAAGAUGGAGUACUUUCUUGCAAUGAUAAACAUGCUACCAAUAAGACGAUUAUGGAAUGGGCUAAGGAAAAUAAAAAUGAUUUGCUGCAAAUUGUUUGCGGCUAUCACUCAUUGCCAGUCCCAUCAUAUGGAGGUAAAAUACACUUUAAGCCACUCGAGCAUCUACAAGCUAUUGAAUAUUGUAGAACUGCAUUUGCUUUUGGAGAAGAUCCCGAUGUUGACAUGUCGAUGAUUCCCGAUAAGGUCAAAUUCAAACUGGCUGCAAUUGAGGAAGCUGUCUCACUAUCAAACUGGACAACCAUAACAAUUUGUAGAGCGCUUUCCCUUCAAAAUAUUUUAUUAUUACUUGCGGCAGUGCUUCUGGAAAAACAAGUCAUCAUUACGUCUCCAAAUCUGGGUGUCUUAUCAGCCACAGUGUUAUCUCUUAUUCCUAUGAUUCUUCCAUUUGAAUGGCAAAGCCUGUUCCUUCCGGUUCUUCCAGGGAAGAUGUUUGAUUUUCUUGAUGCCCCAGUUCCCUUUGUUGUUGGGAUACUACAUAAACCAGCUAACAAGAUGAGAUCUAAUAACCUUGUUCAUGUUAAUUUGGCAGAUAAUCAGGUCGAAAUGUCCUCCUUGCCGGUACUCCCGAAGCAAAGAGAACUCAUGAACAAAUUAGGGCCGCUUCAUGCUAGACUAUCAAGUGACAAAAUUGCUGCUAAAAAGCAUCCGGUUUAUAAGUGCAACAAAUGGCAGAUCGACGCUGCAACACAAUUUUCAUCUGCCAUGAGGCAACACUUGGAGUCGCUCUGUUCAAACUUGUCCAACCAUACAAUCACCAGUGUGCAAUGUGAUAAUGACAGGGUUUCCUUACUUCUCAAGGAGAGCUAUAUUGAUUCCUUCCCCUAUAGAGACCGGCAAUUUAUCAGGGAAUUUGUAGAUACACAGAUGUUCACAGUUCUAUCAGAUACUCGACUUUCUAGACGCGAGUGUUAACCUUACGGGUUCAGUCUGUUACUUGGAUUUAAUAUCUGAAGACCUUAAAUUGCCACAUCUGAGGCAUUGACCGCACAACAUUAAUACGGUACUAUCAUGUCCUGAUUCACAGUAGUUUCAUGCUAAUUUGUAGCACUAAUACCGAAACCAUCGGCCCUGUGUUUUAAGUGGGAUUGAUGUUAAACAGUUGAAUUCUAAGCUUCUAGUAAAAUCUAAUAAUGCCAACACUUUUGACCUGGAUUUUGAUGGUUAAUUUUGAUCAUGUAUAUUCAUGAAAGGGUGUUUGGAUUU